GCGACAACAACACAUCGCCUUCGAUUCUCCCUUUGUUACCGUGCAUACCUUUCAGACUCCCUUGCCCGUCGGUCAGAGUAGCCUCAAAUAUAGCCACCAUGGCCGACCCUCAGACCUCCAACAUGUCCCAGUCUAGGCCGCGCUCCAAGAGUAUGUCCCAAGCAUCCGAGAGCUCACAAACAGCGGCAGAGUAUAUUAAAGAGCAACUCAGCCUUGAGGUUGAAGCCCGCGAGGCCCUGCCAUAUCAAUUUGAUACUUGCACUCGCGACCUCGGCGCCAUCCGUCAGAGUCUGUUCUCGUGCCUUACCUGCAAUCCGCCGCCCGAAGAACCUUCUGAGGCUUACACCCCCGCUGGCGUCUGCUAUUCGUGUUCCAUCUCAUGUCACGGUGAACACACCCUCGUCGAGCUCUUCGCCAAACGCAGCUUCGUUUGCGAUUGCGGGACAACGCGCCUCCCUGAGGCAAGCGCAUGCACCCUCCGAGUGAACUCAAAGACAGGCCAGAAGGGCGAUGUGACCGGGGAAGAGCCGGCAGCCGGUAACCAUUAUAACCAGAAUUUUCGGAACAGGUUCUGCGGCUGCAACGAGCAGUAUGAUCCGCACCAAGAGAAGGGAACCAUGUUCCAGUGUCUCGGCCUUGGAACAGUGGAGGACGGUGGCUGUGGGGAAGACUGGUGGCAUCCGGAGUGUGUCGUGGGACUCAGCCGUGAGGAGUAUAAGAAGAGCAUCGAGAAGCCUAAAAUUGAUAAGACGAAAGAAUCUCCGAAUAAACCGGCGAACGGAAUCACGAAGGAGGUUAGUGUCACAAGAGAGGAAGAGCCAGUGGAUGUCCUGGAUGUCCACUCCAGCGCAAGGAGGCCUUCCAUUGUCACUUCAAUAGCGGCUGGUAAUGGAAUCGAUGGGAACAAUACUGCCGCAGAUGCAGACGGUGACGAGGAUGAAGAUGAUGAACCUCCACUCCCUCCAGGCUUUCCUAACGAGGACGACUUCGAUACCUUCAUUUGUUACAAGUGCGUAGAGGCGUUCCCUUGGAUAAAGAAAUAUGCAGGCACGCCUGGAUUUCUUCCACCUGUAUAUUUCAGUGCGACAUUGAACACUAAGGCUGCCGAGGCAUCCACUGCGCCAGUUUCCAAGCCUGUAAAUAGCGAGUCCAAGAAGCGCAAGGCUUCUGACGACGAUGAAGAAUCCGUCAACUCUAUCCCCAUGGGUCCGCCUAAGCGUCAGAAAUCCGAAGACCUUGCCACCACGCUCUCCUCCGUUCCAGAGACCGUGACGCUUCCCCUCACACCGAAGAAGCAAGACUCGAACAUUUGCAAGCUUUCUACGCUUCCACCAGCUCCAACCUCGACAACCCCCUUUACUAUCUUUCUAAAACAAGACUUCCGCGACCAUCUCUGUCAUUGCACUACUUGUUUCCCUCUCUUAAAGGCCCACACACAGCUCAUCGAGGAGGAAGAUACCUAUGAGCCACCCAUCUCCGAAGACGGCGAAGGCGCCCCAUCGGCAGGUACAGGAUCUAUCUAUGAUCGUGGAGAAGCGGCAUUCAGCACGAUGGACCGCGCCCGUGCGAUUCAGGGGGCAAUGGCAUACGCCCAUCUGAAGGACAACCUCAAGACUUUCCUGCAGCCAUUCGCGGAGAGUGGACAGGCUGUUGGAGCCGAGGAUAUCAAGGCAUAUUUUGAGAAACUGAGGGGUGAUGAAAAGGGGAUCAAGGAGGCGGCUGGGAGCGCGGCACAGAGUAAUAGGAAGAAUGACGACGGCGAGAAUGGAGGCAACAGUGGGGAUAAUAGGAGGGAGCAGAGUGGUUACUGAAGUUCCAUCUCUUCCUCCUUGAGAUGACUCCAUUUUUGUAUUCUGGGGUAUAAGAGCCUGGAUGAGGAGUAUAAGAAAGUAGCUUUGGACCCAUACUGAGGCUGGCGUUCCGGGAAGGAGGCGUUGGAGACGUCGGCCCCGCG